UGCUUCCAUUCUUCAAUUUUGGCACAAGUUGCUCGGUGGCAGCUACGCCUGAAAAUGAUAAUGUCCGACUCUCGCGGAAGUUUGAUGAUUACUCGUUGCACCUUGCAAACACCAAGCUAGCAUUGUAGCAAGCUGGCCUGAUUCGUCUGAGGGUGGCUGCAGGCUGCAGGCCGCAAGGAUCCAGGAGCAAGCCAGCUCUCGAUCGAUUCUAGGUAGUAAUAGCAGCGUGUGACAAGUCGUUGCGUUAGGAAGGUGCGCACUGCUUCUUGCGGCAUCCGUUUCCAUCUUACGCUCCUUGCAGGCGGGCGGCUGAGUUGACCAAGAGCGGUCCAAAAAGGGCGGGCCAUGGCUGGCUUGUUGAGGAGAGGCCCAGCGCUGGCCCGUCGGGCACAACAGAUCCUGUCUACUUCCAAGUUCACCUCUUCUUAUGCUUCGCACUUCAGUGAUCCUGGCAAGCCCGCCAUUGCUGAGUUUGCUCCAUACGUAUCGAUCCAGAGCUUUCACUCCAGUCCCCUUCAUUCCCAGAAUGUGGCCGAAACUGAAAUCUACAACAGACAAAGACAGAUCCUAGUGCUCCAGCACAAGGAGCCUCUGGUUGCCACGGACGCCUGGGUGGCACCAAAUGCUGUCCUGGUUGGCGAUGUGGAGGUGCAGGACAGAGUCAGCGUGAUGUAUGGGGCGGUGCUGAGGGGUGACCUGAACAAGAUUACAAUCCAGCCUUAUUCAUACCUCGGGGAGCGGACCGUCAUUCAUGCAGCAAAAGACGUGCCGGGAGGAUUGUCAGCAGAGGUGCAAGUUGGCAAGUACGUUGUGAUUGGGGCAAAUUGCAGCUUGCGCUCGUGUACAAUUGAGGACGAGGUGGUUAUUGGGAGCAGAUGCGUGCUGGCAGAGGGCUCGCUGGUGGAAAAGCACGCAAUUCUCGGGUCAGGUUCGGUGGUACCACCAGGCAGACGAAUUCCAGCAGGAGAGGUCUGGGCGGGGACGCCGGCAAAGUUUGUACGGAAAGUUCAAGGAGACGAGAUAGCUGGCAUCAUAAAACUUGUUGAAGAGGCCUAUGAGGUUGCCCAAGAACAUGCAAGCGAGUUCAAUCUGCCAUUUGGAUCUGCAUACUUGGAGGCAGAAAGGUUGAAAAAGGCACUAAGUAAGGUAUGAUGCGAGUACUUGGCCCACGAAGUGUCGAGAAGGUAGUUGUAUGACCGCCUCCAUCUGGGGAGACACAUCUGCCAUGGGCCUAACUCCGUGUAGUGCAUAUUGUCAGUGCCCACGAGCCACUCAGCUCUCCAAUCGUCAACUUCAGCAAAUGCGAACAAAGCCCAAAGCAAUGAAGACUACAGGGUGGGAGUUGCAUCCCAUUGCAGGCAUGUGGAAUGUGUUUGCGGGUCGUGCGGUGCCUAUUCAAGUUUAUGUCAUCUGAUUCAAGCUUUCGCCCU